AGCUCUUUCCUUUUAAUUUUCUUACCGAGACGGUAGCACUAGUGUCCGUCGUUGGGAGCUCUCAUCGGGUAAAAAUGCCGGGAAAGAUCCGCUUUGAUAGUGACGAGAUGGAAAUGGAAGAUAGCCUGGACUCCGUUACAGUGGAGAAACACAAGAAACAUAAGAAGGAAAAGAAAUCCAAGAAUGAAGAGAAACCCAAGAAAAAGAAACAGGCUGCUGAGGAAGAGCAACCCGAUGAUGAGUGUGAUCCACCUACUCCCAAAAAGAAAAAGAAAGAUCGUGAAACAACCAAUGGAGACUCUGGAAAGAGAGACCGACCCCAGGAAACCAACGGCUCCAUAAGCAACGGAACACCCCUAAUGAAAUUGCCCCAGUCCAGUGAAGAAUCCAACGCUGAAUCUGACAUUGAAAAAGAAAAGGAAAUAAUUCCAGAACUAACUCCAGAACAGAAAGAAGGGGCCUUCUCCAACUUCAGAAUCUCCAAAGAGACCAUCAGUCUAUUGAAAGGACGAGGUGUGACGUACUUGUUUGACAUCCAAUCUCAGACCUUCAACUCUGUGUACGAUGGGAAGGAUGUGGUAGCCCAGGCUCGCACUGGGACUGGGAAGACCUUCUCCUUUGCUGUUCCCCUGAUCGAGAAACUGCAGUCAGUCCCUGUGGAAAGAAAGAAGGGGAGAUCACCAAAGGUCCUGGUUCUCACCCCAACAAGGGAGUUGGCCAUUCAAGUGUCCAGGGACUUCAAAGACAUCACAAGAAAGCUUUCUGUUGCCUGCUUUUAUGGUGGAACUGCCUACAACGGACAGUUUGAUAGCAUCCGUAAUGGAAUCGAUGUCUUGGUGGGCACCCCUGGUCGUAUUAAAGACCACCUCCAGAAUAACAGGCUUGACCUCUCCAAGGUGAAGCAUGUAGUGCUGGAUGAAGUGGACCAGAUGCUGGACAUGGGCUUUGCUGAACAAGUUGAAGAAAUCUUAGGAGCUUCCUAUAAAAAAGAUUCCGAAGACAACCCACAGACCCUGCUGUUUUCUGCAACCUGUCCACAUUGGGUGUACGACGUAGCCAAAAGAUACAUGCGGCCCAAAUAUGAACAGGUUGACCUCAUCGGCAAAAAGACCCAAAAGGCUGCCACCACUGUUGAACACUUGGCGGUUUCAUGCCACUGGUCCCAGCGAGCAGCAGUUAUCGGAGAUGUCGUCAGGGUCUAUAGUGGAAGCCACGGGAGGACCAUAGUCUUCUGUGAGACCAAGAAAGAAGCCAAUGAACUGGCAAUGAAUGCCUCCAUCAAACAGGACACCCAAUGUUUGCAUGGAGACAUUCCACAGAAACAGAGAGAGGUCACACUGAAGGGCUUCAGGAACGGGUCUUUCGAAGUCCUGGUUGCUACCAAUGUAGCUGCUCGUGGGUUGGACAUUCCAGAGGUUGACCUGGUCGUACAGUGCGCUCCUCCAAAGGAUGUGGAGUCCUAUAUCCAUCGCUCUGGGCGUACAGGCAGGGCGGGCCGCCCAGGGGUCUGCAUCUGUUUCUUUCAGCGCAAGGAGGAAGGGCAGCUGCGGUUUGUGGAGCAGAGAGCCGGCAUCACAUUUAAGAGAGUUGGUGUUCCAACUUCAACUGACAUUAUUAAAGCCUCCAGCAAAGAUGCAGUCAGGUUUUUGGAUUCCGUCCCUGCCACUGCGAUAGAGUAUUUCCGCGUAGCAGCUGAGAAGCUGGUCGAGGAGCGAGGGGCAGUGGAGGCCUUGGCUGCUGCCUUGGCACAUAUCUCCGGAGCCACAGCUAUUGAACAGCGUUCCUUGCUGAACUCCGACGCGGGUUAUGUAACAAUGACAUGUACCUGCUCCGUGGAAAUGCACAACAUUGGGUAUGCCUGGAAGGCUCUAAAGGAACAGCUUGGCGAGGAAGUUGAUCAGAAGGUGCAGAGAAUGAGCUUCUUGAAAGGAAAGACCGGUGUAUGCUUUGAUGUCCCAGCUGACUGUGUGAAGGAAUACCAGGAGAAAUGGAGUGACUCCAGACGCUGGCAACUGUCUGUAGCGACCGAGCUUCCUGAACGGGAAGCAGCGAUGCGGGAAGGAGGCUCAAGUUUCGGGAGAAAGCCUUUCGGCGGCGGUAGGGGUGGGGGAAGAGGUUUCAACAGGAACGACAGGUUUAACAACAACCACAGAGGCCAGAAAAGAAGCUUUGGACGAGCAUUCGAUUACUGAACUGCUGCACUGGAGGACUAAAUUACUGCCCCCUCGGGAACUGCCAGCCCAUGGCACUGUACAACAAAUCACAUCAAUGCUUAUAAACAACGUUGUAUAUUCUUAGCUGUUUAGUUGGAAAUGGAUGAACGAUUGCUUUUCGGUUGUAUUCUUUUGUCUAUAAGCCCAUUCACUGGAAUGAGAUUGUUUUCAUUAAAGGUGUUACCCAAUA